AUGAUUUCCAUAGUCCUAAAAGAAAUAGGAAAGGAGAGGAACGAUGAAAUUAGGAAAGACCCUAGUCUUCCUAUUCGCUUAUGGAAAAGUCUUGUCAAUCGCGUAUCACUAAAAAAUGCAGAAUUAUCCCUAAAAAACUGCAAUCUUUUACUCAUUCAUUUAAAUGAGAUGGGUGUUUCUUUGAAGUCGGAUGUAGUCUUGAAUGAUCUGAGUUCAACCAUAUUCGCGAUGGGCAUUGAUGGCUCUGCUGGAAUGUCAGAUGAAGCGUGGAUUUCCCUCAUUAAUCUAAUUGAGAAAUCUCUUUUACUUUCCCCAUUUGCCUCGAGAGGUAAUAAGGUCCGGCUUCGUGCUAUUUCUUCGGUCGGUGUUCUGUUGAAAUGUUUCAACAAGGAACCCAAAAAUAUAUCCACUUACGAGCGAGCGGUUCGCGCUUCGUAUGUCUCGAAAAUUCUCCCUGGUUUUUCACAAGCUCUAUUGGUUGCUGUUGUGGGGGAGAAGGGCAGAAACUCGGUCGUAAAAGCUCCAAUAGCUUUGGAUGAAUGUACCCUUGUCAAGCUUCAGCUGGUGGAUUAUUCUUCUUUUGUGGAGAGCUCCAUAACCCCACUUGGGAGGCUCCUGAAACGUUGUUCCAUGUCUAUACUCUCCGAACCAGUGACCUACAAUCCGUCAGCGAAAGAUCGAUUAUGUUUGGCACUUUCCGAUUUUUCUUCGGACAUACUUCGCGGUUGCUGGCGAUUCCUUAAUCUGAGCCUAGAUGCGCAGUCAGCACGGGAUCAUAUUCUCAGCUCUCUUAUUGUCGUUGAUGUUGAUGAGAGUUGUUCCUCCUUCAAGAGGGCCUCUGAUGUUCUCUCCGAACUUUCAAAACGAGAUUUUCCGGUACUGGCCUCUCAGGAAGUUUCUGGCUUAAAUUUUUCUAGUCUUCCUGGCCGAGAAGUUGUCGAUGAUACAGCGCGUCAAAUUUUGUUAAAUGGAUUAAAGGUGCUUACAAAAAGCUUACAAAAAUGUUCAGGUCUUAAGGGCAUUACUCGAUUCAUUGAAAACGAAGGCAAUCUGCAGUCCUUUCUUAAGGUCUUGUGUAGAUAUUUGGAGAUCGAUCCUGACACUGUUUGUCUAGUUGAUGAAGUCUACUCAUUACCCACCGAUACAUUUCCAUCUGUCCAGCUCUUCAGGAAGUAUUUUGUGCAUUUUCGAAAUCCCGCAAAUCUCUAUCGCGUGUUAGACAUGGUUCGCCUUCUAACUUGUUCAUGUAAGUUAUUUAAGUUACUGAUGAAGAUAGGCGUAAACUUUGAUUGCGUAAGCCAAAUGCUUGUACGACUCUUGGAGUCUGAAUCGGAUCUUGAGGCGCCGUCCCUUCUUCUCCUUUCUGCAUCCCUUUCUGGCCUCUCCUGUUGUGAUGACCAGCCUAGAUCAGAAAGGAUUAGUCUUGUCGCUGCUUUGAUAGACCAACUCUCCGAACGGAACUUACUUCAGUUGCACUCUGAAACGAACCAAACUGCUAUUGUUCAAUGGCCUCCAACGGAAAAACCCCUACUUGAAGCAACCCCUACUAAUACUACAAGAGAACAAAAAGUUCGGUGCUUGAAGGCCUGCAUCUUCAUGGAACUCCUUACUACUGCUUCCACGGUUUGGAGGUCACCUGUGGAAGAAUGUGCCACCUAUCCGGAUGAAAUGCAACCAUUCAUUCUACAAAUGUUUGGCCUCGCAACUGGUGCUGGGUUGAUCGCUUCGACUUCUCAACGAGCCCUAUCAUCCAUCUCUACGAAUUGUGGCUACCUCAGAUUUGAGGAAUUCACUUGUGCCGCAGCUGAGCCCAUCCUCUCUUCCCUGACGAUAGACUUUCAUUCAGUUCUACUCUCUAUACCAUCGGAUAAUUCAACAUUCUCCACAUCUCCGUUGUUUAAAAAGUUGGAGACCGCUUGUCGAGCCCUCUCCUACCUAGUGGAAAAUACCACUUUUGAGGCGAUUCAACGAGUACAACCAGCCGUAAUGCAAAUGCUUAUUUGCAUGGAUCAAAGUUAUGAGUUCGCUGCGUCCGUGUUUUUGCCCGUUCUUCGUAAGAUCAUUGGUUUUUGCUUGCGACCAACUCCAAAUGAGGAACUUAGUGAUGACGCCAAGCGCAUACCUUCGAUAAGCACAUCGUCGGCAAACGGUUCGGAAGUUAGUUACAUCGAAAAGCUAAGGAAUCGGAGGAAUGAUAAGUCUGUCAUAGCCAGCUGCAUGAAGAAGACCCUUGAGAUGACCUCCGCCUUGGUCAAUCUGACGCGUAGGCAGCAUAGUUAUGCCUUUGCUGAGCCUUCUUACGUUGACGAGACUGUGGAUUCCCCAACGACUUUUGAUGAACACGACACGCACGAUGCCGAACAUGAAAAGCCAAUCGCUCGUCCCACCCAAGCAUUCGAGUUGUUCGCCACACUGACCUCUGCAGCGGGCACCUUCAUUCGAUCCCGAGCAACAACCGAUUUGAUUGGGUCUCUAGUGACAUUUCUGGACCGUGGGGCUUCUUUCAGCGCAGGAGCCACAUCUUCUUUCGAGUGCCUUACUGCUUGUCGUGUCCAGAAGAGGCUUCUUUAUGCUCUCGGACCCAUUUGCGUACAGGUGCAUAUUUUUUGUGAUUAG